AGGAGGGCCCCGGCGCCAGGCAGCUUCGCAGCUGUUCUGGCUUCCCGUAGGAUUUGGGCCCAAAGCGUUCUCGGGUCCUCUCCCGCGGCGGUGGCACCAGCGCCCCAUCUGCCUCCUUGCGGGUUACGGUACGGCUGUCCGAGACGCGGACGUGGGGCGCAAGGUCGCCGCCCGGCGGGGAGCUCAUCCGGCGGCGCAGACGCCCAGCGGCUCCGGGGAGGGACUUGGCCUGGUUCUGGCCCCCGGCUCAUCGGGGAGGAGCCGCUAGGCUGCAGCUGGCGGCGGCGCCGGCCCUGGCGGGCGGGCGGAGGUCCUGGAGAGGCAGCCAGGCCGAAGCCCCUCUGGACCCAGAAGGCGGCCGUCGCCCUCGCUGCCGCCGUCCUCGCUGGAGUCUCCUGGUCUCUCGCGAACUGGAGAGGAAGCGCCCUCUCCUCCAAGGCCCGGAGCUGCAGCGGCAUCGCGGGGCGCGGCCGAGGGGAGGAGAAAGCAGAGAGCGAGCGAGCGGCCGGGCCCAGCAGUGCCUCGCAGGGCUGCGGCUCCGCCAAUCUGCGGGCGCUGACGCGGGGGGCGGCUCCGCGGCGCUCGGAUAUCUGCCGGCCGGGCGCGGGGCGCUGAUAGCUCGGCCGUGCGGGCGCUGCGCUCUGGGACACCCGCUGCACCUGCCCUGGCCUCGCCCGCCGCUCCGUGCGCCCCCUCCCGCCCCUCUCCCCGGCCGAAUCUUAGGGCCAUAGCCUGGCCGAGCGAACCCUGAAGGAAGGAGUCUCGCGUUUUCGCCCGCCGGGCACCCAACGGGCACCCGCCGAGUCCUCCGGGAGGAACGGCUGUGGAUCUGAUGCGUGGCGCCCAAGCGGAGAUGGGUAGCUGCGUCUGGGCCCUGCGCGCCUGAUGAGACCGGCCGCGGCCCGGGAGACCUGCGCCGGUCGCUACGAGCCGGGCACCUCACCCGGCAGCUCCCCCUGCCACCCGCGAUCCAAGCUCCUCGUACGAGCGUCGCUGGCGGCUCCCGAAAGGCCGAGAGGGAACGGCCCCGAGAUGGCCUGGAGAGCCGGCGCUUUGGUGGCGGGUAUCUUCCACGUUGUUCACGCCCGGGGACAGCCCCGCAGCUGGUAGCUACUCGGCACCGGAUGGACCUUGACCCGCGAGGCGGCGCCGCGUUCGUGUUGAGCCGCGGUUGAACAGAGCGGGUGGAGCGCGCUCCCGAGGGGCGCCCAAGUCCCAGACCCGCUCGCUUGCGUGGCCAUGAAGAUGAUCCUGGUGCGCAGGUUCCGCGUGCUCAUCCUGAUGGUAUUCCUGCUGGCUUGCGCUCUGCACAUCGUGCUGGACUUGCUGCCCAAGCUGGAGCGCCGCGCCGCGAGGCCCUCCGGGGAACCUGGCUGCUCUUGCGCUCAGCCAGCGGCCGAGGCGGCUGCGCCCGGUUGGGCCCAGGCACGGGGCCGCGCUGGGGAACCCUCGGCCGCUGGCGAUGCGGGCUGGCCCAACAAGCACACGCUGCGCAUCCUGCAGGACUUCAGUUCAGACCCUGCCUCCAACCUCACGUCCCACUCUCUGGAGAAACUGCCGCCUGCAGCUGAGCCAGCUGAGCGCGCCUCCAAAGGGCAGGAGCCAGGAGCCCCGCGGCCGCGCGACCCUGCGCACAAGCCGCUGCUGCGAGACCCCGGGCCCUGGAGGUCCGCGCCGCCCCCUGGCCCCAGCGGGGACGGUUCCCUCUUGGCCAGACUAUUCGAGCAUCCGCUUUACCGCGGGGCCAUUCCACCUUUGACGGAGGACGACGUCCUGUUUAAUGUGAACAGCGAUAUCAGGUUCAACCCCAAGGCAGCGGAGAACCCAGACUGGCCACGAGAAGGUGCUGAAGGUGAAGAAUUGCUCCCUACUGGGGAGGUGGCCUUGGAUUCCUAUCCCAACUGGCUCAGGUUCCACAUUGGCAUCAACCGGUACGAACUGUACUCCAGGCACAACCCAGCCAUUGAAGCCCUGCUGCAGGACCUUGGCUCUCAGAAGAUCACCAGUGUGGCCAUGAAGUCAGGGGGCACACAGCUCAAGCUCAUCAUGACGUUCCAGAACUACGGGCAAGCACUGUUCAAACCCAUGAAGCAAACGAGGGAGCAGGAGACGCCUCCCGACUUUUUUUAUUUCUCUGACUAUGAGCGGCACAAUGCGGAGAUUGCUGCCUUCCACUUGGACAGGAUCCUGGACUUCCGCAGAGUCCCUCCUGUGGCCGGCAGGAUGGUCAACAUGACCAAGGAAAUUCGGGAUGUCACUCGAGACAAGAAGUUGUGGAGGACCUUCUUUGUCUCUCCAGCCAACAACAUCUGCUUCUAUGGGGAGUGCUCCUACUACUGCUCCACAGAGCACGCCCUGUGUGGGAGACCAGACCAGAUAGAGGGCUCCCUGGCAGCCUUCCUGCCCGACCUGUCCCUGGCCAAGAGAAAGACCUGGCGCAACCCCUGGCGGCGCUCCUACCACAAGCGCAAGAAAGCAGAGUGGGAAGUUGACCCCGACUACUGUGAGGAGGUGAAGCAGACUCCACCCUAUGACAGCGGCCACCGGGUCCUGGACAUCAUGGAUAUGACCAUCUUUGAUUUCCUCAUGGGGAAUAUGGACCGCCACCACUAUGAGACUUUUGAGAAGUUUGGAAAUGAGACCUUCAUUAUCCACUUGGACAACGGAAGAGGGUUUGGGAAAUACGCACAUGACGAGCUUUCCAUCCUGGUGCCUCUACAGCAGUGCUGCAGGAUCAGGAAGUCCACCUACCUGCGCCUGCAGCUGCUGGCUAAGGACGAGUACAAGCUGAGCCUGUUGAUGGCUGAGUCUCUGCAGAGGGACAGGGUGGCACCCGUCCUCUUCCGCCUGCACCUGGAGGCCCUGGACCGGCGGCUGCGCAUCGUGCUACAGGCCGUGCGUGAUUGUGUGGAGAGAGAUGGGCUACGCAGCGUGGUGGAGGACGACCUGGACCCUGGGCACAGAACCUCCACUGAGAGGUAGUGACCUGCACCACCUGCACUGCCCACAAUAGGAGCGUGGCUGCACAUGCCGCAUCAGGAGCUUGGUGAAGUCGCGGACAGGACAGGGUUGUCCCUGCAGUGACCUGCCGUCCAGUGGCGUGGCCACCUGAGGGGCUCCAGCAGGACACUUCCGUGCUUCUCCAAGACCAGGACAGACAGGAUGCACUGCCUGUGCUCCCACAGGAGGCAGCAGCAAUAGAGGCCUCCCGUCCUUUUUGUAGGAAAGGAAGCCUUAUUCACUGUUUUAUAUUUACAUAAGGUACAGUGUACCAAGGGAGGGACGUCUGCACAGACCACGGUCACCUCUAGCCCUGCCCGAGGGCUGCCUCCAGGUUCUAUGUGGUGCCUGUGCUCUGCACCUUCUCUUUCUGCUCUUGCCUCCCAGGCCUCCGCAUUUAGAGGCUGGAGAGCCCCUUUGGGGAUAAAAGAGGUUCCCAGUGGACGUCAGGGCCUGCGUGUGGACAGAUGGAUGCCCAAAUGUGAAUGACCAGUUACUCCCGAUGUCCAGCAGUGGCCCCGCCUCUCUCCAUUGCAGCGGGCACCACUCACCCACGGCUUUUCUCUGGACAGUUGGUGUAAAUGUCACGUGGGUCCUCGGGGACCACAGCAGCAGGUCGACCUUCCCAGAAUUUUUGUGGAGUAGUUUGCGAUGUGGUAAAAGUGCAAUAAAGAUACGGCAAGCGUGUAUUUUCAGCCUCACUGGGGCAGGGCCCUCACACCCUGGUGCUUAGCCACCCGCCCACCAGUCCUCCCAGAAAGGCCUGGAGCCAGAAAUGGCCAAGGCCCAGCAUCCACAAUGCCCAUGUGGCCCAAAGCCAUGGCCUGCUGCCGGGGAGCCGCCUGCCAACCCCUGGGAUAAACAGGCCUGGUGAGGCCUGCACUCCCCAAAGUCAGGGGUGGAUGUGAGGAGAGGAAAAGGCAGCUGCAGAGCCCUCUAAGGACUGGGUGGAGAUCCCUGAGGCCACACGAAGCCCAGAGGGCCACACCCUGUCAUGCAGGCACACCGUGUCUCCAGCAGGAGCUGCUCCGAGCUGGGGGCAGCUGGGAGACACCAGCCCCUUCCCAGAACCUGAGACCCACCUGCAGGGAAGGCCUUCGCUCCCUCCAGCAAGUGGUGCCACCACCCCAGGGAGCAGGCCUACAAGCAAAUGUGACAGAGGCUCGUCACAGACCACACACCUCCAAGUCACCAGAAUCCUGGAACAGAGGUCCUCCUCCUGCCAGGCGUUUCCUUGCCUGUCAUCUGCCAGCCACUGGCAGCCCUGCCCAGGGCACUCUGCUGAGGGAGGCUCCGUGUGCACUGGGCCCUGGGAGGCAGUCUACUAGGUCGCUGUGCUCCAAAGCCACAUUGCAAGGCUGGUUUCAAUUUUCUCAUUUCACAGGUGGGAAACAGGCCGGGAGAGGGGAAGCCAAGCCAUAAACCAGGUUAGACUCCCAGAACAACAGAGCCAGAGUCAAAGAUCCCAAGAGCCCAAGAGGGGCACAAGGCCUCCGGAUCCUGAGCCAAGGCUGGGCUCAGAUGUGGGCUCCACACCGCCAAAAAGCAGACAGCCUCGGGCUGACAGAUCUUUAGAGGAAACAGCAGAGUGAUGAAGGGACCCCAGGGUCUGCCUCCCCGUCCUGUCAGCACAAGGCCCCGUGCCCCCACAGUGUGGGCAGCUGCACAACCCUAACUUUCUCUCGGCCAGUCCACUUCUGGCCAGGACAACCAGCAUGUCCAAAGGUGCAUCUGAGCCUCCACCUCAGUCUAUCGGGGGCUGGGGUACAAGUGUCAGCCACGCACUGUGGGCCAGGCUGGGUCACACAGGAGUCACAAAACAUCAGAUUGGGAGGGACUGUCCCCAGGGUCCCCUUCCAAGUACCCUGUAGGUCCACAGGACAGCUGAACUGUGAUGUGGGAGGUCACAAGGCAGCAGAGAAGCCAGGGACACAGAUAAACAUGCCCUUGAGACCAUUUGGCGGCUGCACCGGAUCAGCCCAGCACAGAGCCUGCACAGGGCUCAAGAAGUUCGGAUGCUAGUAUUCUUGAGACAGCCAUGAUAUAACUGGCUCUCAAGGGGUUGGGCUGAUGGAGGUGGAUCUCAGGGGCUUGAGCCGCUGCAGUCUUCUGCAUGCUCAGUCUGCCCUGCCCACUGCAGGUGGCUCUGGGACGUCUGGGCUGGCCACGAAAAAGAAAAAUUAAAUCCUCUUGAGCUGCACCCUGGCCAUCCUUGGCCGAGGCAAGGGGGCGGCCUGAGAGCAGGAGAGAAUAGCCAGGGAUAGCAGUAAGAGAAGGAGCCCUGGCCAGUAGGGCAGGCCAAUGUCCAGUGUGCGGGUUCCUUGCUGCUGACCAUGAGUCAACAGCAGGAAUCCUCAGCCACCUCUUUGUGGAGAGUACAGAAGAGAAAGGACAGCUCAGUGACACCCAGAGACCAGCACAGAGGCAGGGAAGAGUUUGGGUGCCAGAGAUCAAGAAGGGCAUUAGAGCAGCGUGUGUGGGAGAGACUGAACAGGAAGAAGAAACUGGAAGGAACAGGAGAUGAAAUCGAGGACAUCUCCAGAGAAAGAAGGGAGACCAGAGAUAGAAGCAGGAAAGCCGAGCAAUGUCACAAGAAGAUGUAGCCCUCAGGUCAGGAAGCUGUGCGACUCCAGCGCCUGGGAAUGCCUGCCUGCAGCCCGCUCCAGGGCAGUUCCAGGGCUGCUGGGUGAUGGCAACAUUCCUUCAAAGUGCCCUCAGAAACCUCGUCCCCAGCGCGGCAGUGUGGCCAUGGUGGUGGACAUUUUGAGCACAGUGUGAAGCUGGCACCAGAGGACAGGUCCUCCAAAAGCAGAAAAAAGAACAGGAAUGCAAAGAGACAAGGGGUCGGGUGGCAAUCUUAGGAUCCCAGGAGACCCUGCUACCCUGGUGCAGUAGACAGAUGGGACACCAGGAGCUUGACGAACAGGAGGAAACAACUCUGCAAGCUCAGCCGCGAGAGAGCACCUCCCGUGCCCCAGGAGGCAGAGGCCACCCAAGAAAAGACAAGCAAGUUGGGCUACUCACCACCAGCUGGGGGGAUUUGCACAAGAGCUUUCCAGCGUGACAGAUGUGGCGUGAAGCUGAAACAGUGCAGCCUAAGCCUGACGUUUAGCCACAGGGAGGCAAAUCCCCAAACAGCAAAGCACCUGGGGAAACUUGCAGCAAUGGACUUUCUCUGGGCUUUGCUGGGGGAGGGGACUGCCUUCAUGACUUCAUCUAUGGUGUCAUUAAAGA